UGUUCAGCAGUCCAAAGGUGCAGGGUAAGAAGAGCUCCCUAGAGAAGAUGGGGGAGGUGGUGGACAUCAUGACGAAGAGUAGCUCAGACUCAGGACUGCAGCUCGCCGGCAUGAAAGUCAUCAGUAAGAUUCUGGAGGAGGAGGGACCUCAGGAGAGGAGCACCCUCAGAUCGGACUCGGCACAAACCAUCCGUGACAAAGUCUUAAAGAUGUUGGUGGAGAUGAUUGGCAGUCAGACCAAGCAGAACGCUGUCACUGUGCUGCUGCUGACCCGCAGUCUGAUGCUGAAAUACGAGUGGAGGGUCUCAUUCGCCACAGAGGGCGGUGUUAAAGCCAUCCUGUGCUGCAUGCAGGAGUAUCCUACCUGUAUACAGGUGCAGCAGAUUGCGCUGGCGACUCUGAAGGUCAUCACAGGUGCCAGUAAACAUGACCCUCGCAGUGUGGGUGGCUGUCUGCCUCUUUCUGAGUCUGGCACUCAGAUGAUGCUGGAGAUUUUCGCAAGCAUAGGCUCUGCUACACCCGAAGGCUCCAAAGGGCUCCUGUGUGCCAUCCCUUCUGCCAUUGACCUCAUGCUCAGCACAGCAGGUCGCGGGUUGUCCGUGCGGAACGGGCUGCUGGUCAUCAUCAUGCUGAUUUCCAAGUCUCAAGAUGAGCAUGACUUUAAGGACACCGAGCUGAAGAUGUUGGUGGUGAGUCUAAAGGAAAUGCCAGCCACUAAAGAGGUUAUACUGACCCUGGAGCAGCUGCUCUGUGACGACGCCACCCAACUGGAGGAAGAGAGAAAUGAGGUAACGCGGAGCAGAGACACCUUCCAGGACCUCAUCCGCCUCAUGGACCAGCACAGAGCGGAUCGGGCUGCGCAGCUGUCCAUCCUGAG